CCUCGAGCUCAACAGGAGGAGAGAAGACAACAGCAAAGUCUGCACACAUGCAAACAGCCCCAAGUCCGCGCGUACUUCAACACGAGGAUCUCUCUCCGCGUUCAUGGAUACUCCCACAUUCACAUGUCAUCUCCACAGCAUCUUCAGCCAUGAAACGCGCGUAGACUUUAAAUCGCUUCUCCCGCGCGCAGACAAGGACAGAGAGAAGAGACGUGCGUACUGUCCAAACUAACUGCAAAGACGCAGGAUGGCUAAAGAGACCAGAGGGAAAGCGAACCUCCGCAAGCACAGCGCUUCUCACUGGCGCAUGCAGAACAUCGCACAGGAAUCUGUUGACAGCUCGGAUGAUGAGUUUUUUGAUGCCAGAGAGGUGCUGGAGGGGAAGACGGCCAUGCUUUUGGGGAUGAGUCAGUGGAACUCUAAUGAUCUCGUUGAGCAGAUUGAAACAAUGGGACACAUCGACCAAACGCAGGAGAGUCUGUACCGUGUAAGGAGGACAAAAUGUAUCCCUCAGACUAGCAUUGAUGGCCUAGAGGAAGCUGAGAAAUGUCAAACCCAUGUGCUGGUGUUGGUGGUUCACGGGGGAAACAUUCUGGACACGGCGGGUGGAGAGCCAGGCGCAAAGACUGCAGAUGUAAACACACUGUCCUCAGUCCUGGAGAAAGUAUCUCAAGCUCAUUUUCAAGCUGCAGCCCAGCAUGUGGUCAUUAAGUUGGUGCCGUGCCCAGCCGUAUGCGCAGAGGCCUUCUGUCUUGUGUCAAAUCUGAACCCGUACAGCUACGAUGAGAGUUGUGUGUCCAGCAGCGUGGACCAUCUACCUCUGGCCGCUUUACCGCUGCUCGCCAUAGCUGCUCCACACUACCAAGACGCCGUCGCAACCGUGAUCGCCCGAGCCAACCAGGUGUACCACAGAUUUCUGCAGUCUCCAGAGGGACAGGGAUUCACUGGCCAGGUGUGUUUGUUGGGUGACUGUGUGGGAGGUGUGCUGUGUUUCGACGCUCUUUGUUUCAGCAACAGCCCACGACACAGCAGUCGACACAACAGCACAGAGAGCUUAAAGGAUAACCCUGACGUCAGUCCGAGCCUGAGCUCCAGCAAACGCCUUAGCAGGAGCAACAUCGACUUAUCCGCACCCAGUGAGACCCGCAACAGGAAAACUCCACUCAGUCGCAAACAGAGCGAUUCGUUUGAUGGAGACUCUGGAGGCCAACACCAUCCGUUCCUCAGCAGUCUAAUACAGGACGGAUCAGACUUGAGACCAAACAGCAGCACCAGUUUAGUGCUAAAUCCAGGUCACUUUGACUUUGAAGUGUCGGAUUUUUUUCUGCUGGGUUGUCCUCUUGGAUUGGUGCUGGCUAUGAGACGCACUGUGCUUCCUGCCGUCCAGGUGUGUCAGCUCCGGCCAGCAUGUUCGCAGAUCUUCAACCUGUUUUACCCCUCGGACCCAUCGGCGUCCAGACUGGAGCCUUUGCUUCACUCCCAAUUCCACAAACUCCCUCCGUUCCCGGUUCCCAGAUACCAGCGCUACCCUCUGGGAGAUGGACGCUCCAACCUUAUCGCCGAUGAAAUUCCCAGCUACCCUGACGCAUUCCUGCCUCGAAGUGUGAUUCCAGUGGGUGUCCCGCAGCCCUCAUCCCCGCAGACAGAGCGCACCGCAGGUGGACGGGUGGGUGGCGAGGUCCGCAGGUCCAGUUUGACCAGCAUGGACAGUCAGUCAUCAGGCUGCUUGGAGAGCAGGCUGAGCAGCACCAUCGCCAACAUCUCCAGCAGCUGGUGGGGGUCUAAGCGGUUGGAUUAUGCUCUUUACUGCCCAGACGUCCUGACAUCUUUCCCCACAGUGGCUCUGCCUCACCUGUUCCACGCCUCAUAUUGGGAAUCUACCGAUGUGGUCGCCUUCCUUCUGCGACAGGUGAUGCACUGUGAUUAUGUGAAAGCCCAAGAGAUGGACAACUGUGACUCGGCUCCCUUCUCUCCCUCAAGUUCCAGAGAGAAGUGGCUCCGCAGACGUACACACGUUAAGCUUAGGAACGUCACUGCGAACCACAGAGUCAAUGAUGUCAUUGCAACUGAAGAUGGGCACCAGACCCUGGUUGGUCGCUUUAUGUAUGGCCCACUGGAUAUGGUGACCCUGACAGGGGAAAAGGUCGAUGUGUAUGUGAUGACCCAGCCACAGUCAAGUCGCUGGGUGCACUUAGACACAGAGGUGACCAACAGCAGUGGCAGAGUGACCUACACCAUCCCCAAAAGCAAAAAGCUAGCCGUGGGAGUGUACCCCAUUAAAAUGGUCGUCAAGGGCGACCAGACGAGCGGUGAGGCCUUCCUGACAGUUUUGCCGCGGGGGAUGGAGUGUGUCGUCUUUAGCAUCGACGGUUCAUUCGCCGCCAGCGUCUCCAUUAUGGGCAGCGACCCCAAAGUACGGCCUGGAGCUGUGGAUGUGGUCAGGCACUGGCAGGACCUGGGCUACCUGAUCAUAUAUAUUACUGGCCGUCCAGACAUGCAGAAGCAGAGAGUUGUGUCCUGGCUUUCUCAACACAACUUCCCCCAAGGGAUGAUCUUCUUCUCUGAAGGGCUUGUGCAUGACCCACUUCGCCAGAAAACUAUCUUCCUCAGGAACCUGGUGCAAGAGUGUCACAUUAAAAUCAACUGUGCUUACGGCUCCAUGAAGGACAUUUCAGUCUACAGCAUAUUGAGCCUCAGCCCCAACCAGAUAUAUAUAGUGGGACGGCCCUCCAAGAAGUACCAGAAUCAGUGCCAGUUCCUGAGCGAGGGCUAUGCGGUUCAUCUGUCCUCCUUGCAGUUCAGUCACAGAGCCCGUCCCAAGAAGAGCUCAUCGGUGCGAAUGGUGCUUCGAAAAGGCUCAUUCGGUUUGUCGGCCAAACCAGACUUUCUGUGCAAGCGAACGCAUCUUCGUCGCACCAUGUCAGUACAACAGCCUGAUCCACCCAUGACUCCAAACCCUAAACCUGAGCGGGCACAGAGUCAACCUGAGACCGAUAAAGACCAUGGAGGUGGAGGGGGUCCAAGUCAUGCCUUGUGGGCACGGGGGUCCAUGCACCGCGGCGACACCACUCCCUGACCCAAGAGAAGCAUUGAAGCAAUGGAAAAAGACAGAUCGGUGGACAGAGCCCAGCAUCUUUACUCCUUCUGCUGAUAUCACACCAUAGAAGAUGAAAAAGAAAUCCCACCUAAGCUGUUUAAAAAAAAACCCACCUCAGUGAAGUGGAUCUGACGCACAAACUCUGACCGUCCAAUUUUGUAUUUAUUUGGCAGCAGGAGAACUCAGUCUCACUUUAAAAUUCAAUUUCAUCCAUGUUUCAUCCAUCCGUGAUGCUUUGAAAGGAGCGUCUGGAUUUAUUCAGCAUCAUGCAAAGGAUUCCUGGCAUCUUGUAUCAAGGAAGAAAGAGGAUAUCUGAUAAGGUCCUCGGAGAAUACAUCAAAUUUCCUCACGUCUAAGCAAUACGGAGGAAGAAGGGAGCGCGAGCGUCCCGCUGCUCGGACAGGUGGCAGCGCUGACUCUUGCAAUAAUCCCUCUGUUUUAAUAUUGCAGGCAUUUGUCUGCUCUCUGGGCGGCUGUCUAUGGCCCGCUUGUGGCCAGACGGACUUGCAAAACUGUACAUUAACCUUUCGUGGCAGUGUGGUGACCUAGCCUGAACUCUCGUCGCCUCUGUAUCCGUUCAGCCUCUCAGCCAGAACAGAGUCUGACAGCGAUGGCCACUGCUGCUGAACUCAAUGCCGCUGAAGCAUAUUUACAACCAUGGCUGGAUCUUCUUGUGCCUGUUUCUCUCUCAUCUUGUAAAUAUACAUACACUAAGUGGCACUGAGGCAAACUGACUGUGUUUGGUGUAGUGGAGCAUGGCAAUAGCUGACUGCAGCAGUGUUUUCUUAAUAUUUUGGUCUUCUCUGGUAUAAAUAUUUAAACAUUCUUUAAACGUGAUGAAUCCACUGGAGGUAUGAGAAAUGUUGUUUUAGAGUUUAUUUGGGUAUAAAUUAGCAAAUUGGGAAUUAAUAAAUGAAGUCAUUUAAUAAAUAUUAGAUUCAGAAUUAUACUUAUGAAACCUGAAAUAGAGUUUAGGAAAAUAAGUAAUAUUUUUCUAAUAUUAGUUUAGUACUUAUUUUAUUCAUAAGGCAGGGUUUCAGGCAGUUUUUAAUUAAACAUUCAUAACAUUAAUAACAUUUUUUUUUCUUUCUUAUUGAUCAGCUGAUCAGUAUUUUAGAAUGAUUCCAGGUGGAUAAGACUAGAGAAACGCCUGCGGAAAAUUCUGCUUUGUCGUCACAUGCAUGAAUUAAUAUACAUGUUAACCCUUACGUACUGUUGGGGAUGAUUUCAUCCACUCUGGAGUGAUUUUGUGCCUUAAUUCGGCAAUAAUGUUUUCUGUGUUUCAGCUAGCAGAAUGAUUUUUGGUGACAAAUCUUAUUUUGACACAUAUUUUGAGAAAAUGCUUUGAAAAGCUCAACAAUACACUCUAGGCAAAUUUACUUCCCCUUUGUUAUGUUCGGGAUAAAAGCAUACUCUGAAUUAACUGCUGUAAAAAUGCAUUAGAUCAAUAUUUUUUCAAAUUCUUUUUUGCAUAAAUCUGUUAAUCAUCCUCAGUCCUGAUCAAAACUACCAAAAUGUGUAGAAAAUUAAAAGAUUUUAACUCUUUAAUUGCCAAAUUCAUUAAUGAUGUCACUGAUUUGGUGAGAAAAAAAAAACACAGAAUGACGUAAAAUCAAAGCCAAUGUUGUUACUAAACUUGUCCAAGAUUGUGAUAAAACCUUUAAAAAAUCCAGUCCACAAUUACUUUUUAUAUUGAAAAUGUCAUUUUGUGUUUUUUUUUUUCACCCAAAGCAGUGACAUAAUUUAUGAUUUUGGCAAUUAAAGAGUUAAAAUCCUGUAAUUUUCUAAACAAUUUAAUAGUUUUGAUCAGGACUGAGGUCGAAAUAUUUUAAAAAUAUUUAUACGAUUUUUUACAGCAGUUUAAUUCAGUGGAUGUUUUCAUCCUUAGUAUAGCAAAAGGGUAGUAUAUUUGAACAGUGCACAAGGGUUAAAUAUAAUAUAAUAGGAAGCAGUUCAUUUAAAUUGUAAUACUAUUUCACUAUAUUACAAUUUUUUUGUAUCAAAUAAAUGCAGUCACGGUGAAAAUAGUGCAUAAAGUCAAUAUAGACACUCUAAAAAUGCUGGGUUGUCAUAACCCAAUGUUGGGUCGAAUAUGGACAGACUUGUGCUAAAAUGUGUCAUUUAAAUUUAAUUGAAAAAAUUAACUCAACGUUGGGUUUGUCCAUAUUGGACCCAGUGUUAGAUUAUGACAACUCAGAAUUUUUUAUAAUUAGGAUACUCUCUCAAUUGAGUCAAUUUAUCGUAAGAAUGUUUUAAUAUUUUCCCUGAUAACCAAAAUGUAAAAAAUGUAAUUAAGAAAUUAUAUUUUGUUGUUUGCCAUAACUGACCAAAUUACCAUUUCAAAAUUUGCAUUGUAAAGUGACUGUGGUUGUCAAGAUGUCGUCGUGUCACAUUAAUCAGUUUCUAUUGGUACGACAACUUGCGCAAACACACGUUAAUAUUGUUUACAUGUAAAUCCAUCUCUCAGAGUAUGAUGGUCUUGUUGAAAAACAUACUAUAUUAGUAUUUUAUACGUUACUUGAGGACAACCUUGAUGUUACAGUAAAUUCAUGUAAAUAAAUUACUCCGUCAGGUCACUAUGAUGUGUGUCCGUAGUUGUUAGUUCUUGUAACGUCACAAUUUCUUAUUCUAGUUACUGAUUUUUUGGUAUUUUGUAUGAAGCUGUCUAUUGAAAAUUGCAAUUUCACAGCAAAAAAUAUUUAUUAUGUAACUUUAUUUUCUUGUAUAUCUGCCUGUAAAUCUUUGUAUUAUUCUAGAGACUAUGUGAAAAGUAUUUUGGGUCUGUGUGUGCGUUACGUAUAUGCAAGCGUUUUUGUAUUUAUUGUACAUAUUUUUCAUUCAAAGAUCGUGCUGGUGGCCUUUUGAUCCUCUGAUAUAGUCCAAACUGAGCCUGUAAUUUGUGGAGAUUUUUUAGCCAGACUUUUUUCAUUCUUUCGUGUGCUGAAUUGUCAAUGAUAUACUGUACAAAUGUGUUUUCAGCCCAUGUAUAUUUAUUUGUCCGGAUAUCUAUAUUCUCAGACGGUAUGUGAAAAAGUAUUUUAAAAAUUGUAAAGUAUAUAUAUUCAAUACACAACUGUGUCGGUGGUCUCCGAUGAGAAGCCUCUUGACAACAUGCAUAUUAUUGUGGUAUAUUUGGUCCAUUCGGUCUAUUUCAGUGGAUGUGCUUCUGUUGGGCCUGUACUGAACUGUAUACUCACUCGACAAUAAAUCAUUAUAAAGCCUUGA